GAUAAAUUAUUUUUUUCUAUUUGGAGGAAUAUGUAUCUAUUUAGCGAAAUACAAAAACAUCAUAGAUUUUAUAAUGAAAAUAAAAAAAUAGUUAUUUGCAGGACAAUGGAUCAACUUAGAUACCAUCCACAUAGAAGAUAUGCAUCAACAAUUAUUAUCCAAAUUAAUCAGCCUUUAGGAUCACAUGGCCAAGCUAUUCCUUAUGGUGCAACAGAAAUUGAAUUCACAGAUAGAUUCAACCAACCAAUUAACGCUGGUGAUAUUCCAAAUUCAGUUACCAAAUUGUCAUUUGGUCCACACUACACUCCUCAGGAAUUUAGUAUCGGAACAUUUCCAAACUCAUUGACCUAUUUAGAUAUAUAUACAUUCAAUAAGUUGAUAUCUAGUAAUGAAUUACCCAGCACAAUAGAAACUUUAAAGAUUACUGCUUUUAAUCAACCUUUAAAACCAAAUGUACUUCCAUCGUCCAUAACCAAACUAUGUUUAAACAACUACAAACAUCAAUUAGAACCACAAGUAAUACCACCCAAAGUACAAACUAUGGAACUAAACUCGUAUAACUGUGAAUUUGGUGAAAAUCUUCUCCCUAAUUCUUUACAGUGUUUAUAUUUAUCAAGAUUUAAAAAAAAUUUAUAUGAAAAUUAUUUACCAUCAUCAAUUACAGAUCUAGAUUUCGGCGAUGAUGGUCCACUUACAUUUGAAACUAAAUCAAUUCCACCAUCAGUUAAAAUAUUAAGAUUCCCAUCAUUACAUAGAACUCUUCUUCCAGUCGGUAUUAUUCCCGAUUCAGUAGUGGAUCUAACUUUACCUCCUCACUAUAACCAUCCUCUUCAAAUAGGCUUAUUACCAAAAUCUCUAACAAAACUAUCUUUUGGCUAUUAUUAUAAUCGACUUCUAAAACCAAAUACAAUUCCUCAAUCUGUUACUCAAAUAAAACUA